CAUCUUCAGUUUAUAAACAAACAUUGGACGGGCAAACGAAAGAGGGAAAAACGAAAACUGGUUGAAAACACAAUCUAAUCGCUGCCAGCUCCCACUACGCGCGAAAUCCGUGCUCCCGCCCCGCUCUACACACACCCACACACCGCCGACGACGACGACAUGCUGAAGAUCGCCGCCGAGGGCAUCGGGCCACGUCUGGCCGCUGCCGCCUGCCUGAUCGGUGGAGCCUCCAGCGCCCAAAGCAGCUGCCAAAGGGUGGCGCCCCAGGCGGCCAGGGCCACGCAAAAAUACCUGUCACAGUCGCAGGGCCUCCACAAGAAGCUGGUCAUCAAGGAUCACUACGAGUUCGAUCAGAAGGUGAUCAACAGCGACAAUCCUGUGAUUGUGAACUUCCACGCCGAAUGGUGUGAUCCCUGCAAAAUACUCACGCCCAAGAUGCUCGAACUCCUGGAGAACUCCAAUGAGAUCGAUCUGGCGGUGAUCGAUGUGGAGACAAAUCUGGAUCUCGUCGAGACCUUUGAGGUGAAGGCCGUGCCGGCGGUGCUGGCCUUCCGCAAUGGCGUUGUGGUGGACAAGUUCAUUGGCCUGGUAGAUGCCAACAGCAUUGAGACGCUGAUCGACAAGCUGAAGCGGAAGCAGCAGCAGAAGCAGUAGGGCGGAGGCCCACUACAGGGAUGCGGGAACAGGGACAGUUAAUGAUGAUUUUAAAUACGAAAACGGGAGACUGUUAAACCAGAGAAACAACGAGCGAGUGCACAAAGAGAGAAUGCAAUAAAAAAACUAAUCUUAAUUAUGGCUAAACUUUAAAA